AUGAUCAUAGACAAAGAUAAAGAACGACUGCCAGUCAACGCAGACAGCACUGUCAAACUGGCAGGUCUGGGAAAAGAUUCAGAGGUCCAGCAGAAGGCUCGGCCACAGGAGACGCAGGUGAACAGUAACACUGAGGAGGACCCCUCGGACCACCCCGCCAAUGACAAAAUGGUGCGAGCCGAGCUGGAAUGGAGUGUGCCCAUGUGUGUGCCACUGCCCAUCGAAGUUUUGAACCACGACCAGGCGUUUCCUUUUCUGAACACCACGCUUGCUGACCUGGGCAUUGAAGAGUCAGCUGUGAAGGAGCGUGUGGUGUGGGUGGACACCAAGCACACGCGGGUGAAGGGAAGGACUGGGAAGCUGAAGGAGAAGGAGGUGACGGUUCUGGAGGUGCGUGUGAAAGCUCAGCACCCCGGAGAGCCUCAGUCUCGGGAGGUCAUCUACAGCACAGAGUCCCACACCGAUCGCUCGUUCUGCAGGAGCGGGGUUGACGUCCUGCCAUGGAGACACACACAGCCAGCCGAAAAUGAACACCAGCCGGUGGAGAUGAUUCUGGCUGUAGACACACUGUCAGAAUCCAAGCCCAAAUGGCAGAAAACGGAAGAAAAAUGGGACUUUCAGAAUGAGGUGUGAAGGACAGACGAAAAAAUGCAAUGAAACAUGAGACUGGUGUGUGACAGCAGAAUUGUCUGAAUUUUCCUAUGCUGUGCCUUAACUGAAGGAUUUUAAUUUGUACUUCUUGCUUUGUGGCAAUAUAAAUACACUUUUGUCGAUAUAUUAAUAGUCUACAAUAAGAGGUUUCAAAUGUGUAUCUAAUUUUGUAUUUUAGAGUCAUCGGCAUUACAAAUUAAAGACAGGGUUGUCUACACAAAGUGGGAAUUUACUCAAAACGAGCCGUCUGCUCCCAUCAUGCAUCUGAAUAUAUGCAUAGUUGAAUUAGUCUUCUGAAUUAUUAAAUGAAUUACUGCUGCCAUGAUCAAAAGAAAGUCUUUUCAAUAAAUUGUUAUUUACAGCCUGCUUUCUGUGCACUCUUAUUAUCUGUUAUGGUAGAAUGUGCAGAUGCAUAAAAGUACAAUAUUUUACUGA